AUGAUUCCCUUGAUCGAGACGGCCGCCUUCAUCUGUCUGGUUUGGAGCGUCGUCAUCGUCUGCGUUCAACUUGUCGGCAUCAGCGCCGUCUUCCGCUACUUUUCGCGUCGACCAAAUCCUCCCGUCUCGUCGAGGCUUGGCAAGGAUGCGCCCGCCGUCACCAUAAUUCGCCCGGUAAAGGGCAUCGAACCUCACCUCUACGACUGCAUAGCCUCCACUCUCCAGCAAGACUACCCCGUCGACAAAGUCUCCCUUCGCCUGUGCAUCGAGGACGAAAACGACCCCGCCUAUCCCAUCCUCAAGAAACUCGUCGCCGACUUUCCGGCCUUUGACAUCCAGUUGCUUCUCGAAUCCCGCGACCCAGCCCUCCACGGCCCCAACGCCUACCUCAACCUGGGGCCGAAUCCCAAAAUACGAAACAUCAGCAGGGCCUAUCGCGAGGCCAAGGGGGACAUUAUCUGGAUCAUCGACUGCAAUGUCUGGGCCUCGAGCGGCGUCCUCGGCCGCAUGGUGGACAAGUUGGCGGGCUUCGCCGACGGGCAGCGCUCGAUGACGCCAUACAAGUUUGUCCACCAGAUGCCCUUUUUGGCCACGCAAACCACUCCUGGGGCCGAGCCGUCGGCGGCGGCGGCCGGCGGUGCGCUCACUCGAAUCAUUCGCAACGGCGGCGGCCGUCUCGACGAAAUGUUCUUUGGCACCACGCACGUCAAGUUCUACGGUGCCAUCAACGCCGUGGGGGUUGCCCCCUGUAUCGUGGGCAAGAGCAACAUGUUCCGCAAGUCCCAUCUCGACCUGGCGACGACGCCGUCGCGAAACCCCCUCAUCGAGAAGGACGACGUGCGGCCCACUGGCGUCGACUACUUUUCACACAACAUCUGCGAGGAUCACCUGAUUGGCGACCUGCUCUGGCGCUCCAACAUCGCGGGCCACCGGAAUCACGGCAUGGUCUGGGGCGACCUGGCGGUGCAGCCCAUGGCGGGCAUGUCCGUCUCGGCGUAUGCCGCUCGGCGCAUCAGGUGGCUGCGGGCCCGCAAGUUCACCGUGCUCGUUGCCACCUUGGUCGAGCCCGGCGUCGAGUCUCUUGUCUGCUGCGCGUACUUUUCCUUUGCUCUCACAACCUUGCCUUGGUUUCGGGCGCACCUCGGCAUCCCGCAGACGUGGAGUGCCGCGGCGCUGAUAUGGACGAUCUGCGUCAUGUCCUGGAUGUGCGUGGACCGCAUCGUCUUUGGACUGCUGCAUGCGGGGACCACCAUCGAAGUCGACGAGAACACGCCGCGGUAUGCUCGGGGCACGUCUCAUGCGGGGGGGGUGCCUCGCAGGACGUUUGGAUCGUGGCUUCUGGCUUGGCUUGGGCGCGAGCUGAUGGCGCUGCCGGUCUGGGCCUGGGCGGUGCUGUUCGGGACGACGGUCAAGUGGAGGGGGAAGACGUUCCACGUACGGCUGGAUACGUCGGUGGUCGAGGUCACGGGCCAGACGCCCGGCCGCAAGGGGUCGCGGACUCCGGAGCUGGAGCGGGCGAGCAAAGACAGGGUGGACUAG